UUACUUGUUAUUAAAAUUUGUAUGUUAAGGUUUUUAAUUUCCACGGAACAUAACAUCUUAAUAUUUAUUUAAUUUAAUACGCAAUAAACCUUUGUUUUAAUUUUGAUUCAAACUUGAGGAACAUAUUAAUAAGAUAAUUAUUUGCAAGAACAGUCAAAAGUCAGGAUUCAAAAAAGCCUAUCAAUCACUUGGUUACCUAAUACUACCAAAUAAAUACGACCAUCAAAAUCUACGAUUGAUGUUAGCAACAAGAAUCCCCUAAAGGGGGCUUAAGCGGUACAGCGUAGAAGAAGGCAUAAAGGUAGAUCUGAAAAAAAUAUUUUGUAAGUUGGUUAUUCUUUGGGUGUGAUCAAGGGAGCCAAGAUAAUACUAGGCCAGGAUCAUGUCUUUCCGAUUGCUUAGCCAUCGACUUGCCAGCCAUGGUCGUCAUUUUUUACAAAGUUACUGUAAACGAGAUAUAUACACCAACAUUUUUGAACACACAAACAGACGUUGUAUUCCGGCGACAAUAACAAAGGCUGGAAACGACACAAUUAAAAAGACUUUAAAUGCUCACCACAGAAGUGGUAUCUUUCGAUUUGGUCAACAUGCUAGAAGACUCUUUGUAGAUAGCAUACUUAAUCGAGUUACAGCUCCAUAUUCAGAAGAGCUUAGAAAUAAGGCAACAAAGAAACUUUUUUAUGGGGAUUCUGCUCCAUUUUUCGCUUUAAUUGGUGUGAGCUUAGCUUCCGGGGCGGGAGUUCUAACAAAAGAAGAUGAACUCGAAGGUGUAUGCUUGGAAAUUAGGGAAGCUGCCAAUCGUUUACAAACAUCAUGGAAUUAUGGUGAAGUUUCUAAAGUAAUGGAUGAUGACUUCAGCAUUGACAAAUUGGAUGUUGGACCUCCAAUUGCAAAAGGUUGUGCAGCCGUUGUAUAUGCUGCUUCGCUUAAAACGGAAAAUAUAACACAAAAUACAGUUGAGAAUGCAGACGCAAAUAUGGAAGUAAAAACGCAGUCGAGCCUAUUGCAAAAAGUUUCUUUUCGUCCCGAAAUGAUGUCACCGAUUCAGAAUAUAAGUCGAUUCGUUCAUAAUUUCGGUGGAAGUGCAGAUAACCUUAACUUGUGUAGUCAGUCGCCAGCAAUCGAAGAUUUUUUUCGAAACGAAUCGUUAAGACAGGAGGAUAACAAUAGGCAACAACCUUGGGACCCUAUUGGUAUUUCAAAAUUUGAUGGUGUCGACAGGGGUCAAAUCCAUAAUGUGGAACCAAUGCACAAUACGAAUGCCAGCAUCAAUCGUUAUCCUUUGGCAAUGAAAAUGAUGUUCAAUUAUGACAUUCAAAGUAAUGCAAUGGCAAUUUUACGUGCUAUGUACAAAGAAACCGUACCAGCUCGUCGUCGCGCAUUAAAUAAAUCCUCUGAAGAAUGGGAGAAACUAAUACAUGACCAAACGUAUACUUUACCUCCACACCCUAACAUUGUCUUAAUGUUUGGAUAUUUUUGUGCAGAAGUGGGAAAUUUUCGUGACGGUCAUAUACUAUAUCCAAUUGCUCAGCCUCCUCGAAUAAAUCCUCAAGGUUAUGGGCGAAAUAUGAGUCUUUACCUCUUAAUGAAGCGAUACGAUUACAGUCUUCGAAAUCUUCUGGACACCAAUGAAUUAAAUACACGAACGAAAAUUCUUCUGUUUACACAACUUCUCGAAGCUGUUACACACAUCAACCGACAUGGCAUUGCUCACCGCGAUUUAAAAUCAGACAAUAUUUUGAUUGAGAAAAAUGAUGAUGGAACACCACCAAUUCUUGUAUUAUCAGACUUUGGGUGCUGUUUGGCUGAUAAGUCCCAUGGUUUGCAAGUCCCCUAUACAUCUUUUGAUAUCGAUAAGGGUGGAAAUGCAGCGUUAAUGGCUCCCGAAAUAAUAAACAAGAGGCCAGGGGCAUUUUCUGUGUUAAAUUAUGCCAAAUCCGAUCUAUGGGCAUGUGGAGCUAUUGCUUAUGAAAUAUUUGGCAUGAAUAAUCCCUUUUAUUCGGAAAGUGGUUUUGAAAAUGGAAAGUCCUCUUUAAAAAACAUGGAUUAUAAAGAAACUGAUCUUCCAAAAUUAACAGAUGAAUGUCCUUAUAUUGUUCAGCAGUUAAUCUAUAAUAUAUUGAAUCCUAAUCCAACAAAAAGAGUCAGUCCUGAUAUUGCCGCAAAUGUUAUGCAAUUAUUUCUAUGGGCCCCAUCAAGUUGGCUUAAGGCUGGUGGUAUGCCGUCUAGCCCUGAGGUUCUGCAAUGGCUUCUUUCACUCACAACGAAAUGCAUAUGUGAAGGUAGAUUACAAGGCAAUGAUGUCAGUUUUCAAAAUGGACGAAGAACUUUUGUCGAAUAUCUACUUAUUUGUAGUUUUUUGGCGCGCGCCCGACUACGUAGAAUUAGAGGAGCACUCUCUUGGAUUCAAAACAUUAUUUGAGACUCUAAGAAACAAAUGCUUGGCUUUUAUAUUCACACAAAGUUUAACUUAUGAACUUUAAAAAUAAAAGUCUGGAAAUGUGAAAGGUUGAAUACGAGUGUAUAAUCAAAAUUAAAACUUUGUCUGAUAAUUAAAUAUGUUUGUUUGUUUCUUCUUCUUUCUAUUUUUAUUUAUUUUGUUAUGCUUAAAAAUUAUAAAAGUGUUAAAAAUUAAAGAACUAUGUUAUUUUGGUUUAACCCUACAAUCUAAAAAUGGAUGAUUUUAUAAUAUUUUUAGCUAAUUUUCAGAAUAUUCAGCUUAUACUUAAAUCAUCAGAUCUUAUGUUAGAAUGCCCAGUGGCUUAAAAAUUAACAUUUAAAAGAACAGUUGAAUGAAAAAUAAAACAGUAAUUAUAAAAUAAUAAAUUAAAUAAAAUAUUUGUCUUUA